GGGUGUGAAGUGACUGCUGCGGGCAGGCAUUUCCUUGUGAAGGGUUUCCGGAUUCGCGAAUGUCGUGAGCACUUUCGAUCGGACUCGACAGUAGGCGAACGUUCUUUAGGGAUUUCGUUGCAGGUGCGAGUGAAGUUCUCCUGCAGGAGUUCUGAGCUCUCCUCACAGCUCCACAAACGGGACAUUUGCUAGACAUGGCACUGCGACUCGCGUCCUUCCGUUCGUGUUCCGUCGUCUUGCUGCUCCGACAAUCGGCAUCCAGAGGAUGGAAUCAAAGCGCGGAAGCGUCACUUUUUUGGGAGCGAAUAUGCGGAUAGGAAGAAUCGCAGAUUGUUACAACCCAGCUAGCGUAGUCUUCAUCUUUCUUCGUUUGGAUAAGGAUUCGUAGUUAUGGAGGACUCGCUGCUCAAUGACGUGUUUGGACCGCCGUCACCGCCACCCGAUAGCCCUGCAUCGCCUUCAUGCUCCCCUGUCGCGCUUCGCGACUGCAGCGAGUGUGACUCUAUCAGAGGGCAAGGCGAGCGGGAAUGGACGCGUGUGGAACAGGUGGAGGGGCUGUGGCUAUGCCGAAGGUUUCUUACAGCGAGGGAGCAAGCCAUUGUGCUGAAUGCCAUAGAAAGGGAGAAAUGGUUCGACCCACCAGUCAAGAAUCAGGUCAGCCAAGUGCAGCGUGCGAUCGGGUUGUUGGUAUGCUUAAAGUCUCGAGUGAAAUUUCAGGCCCCGCAUGAGAGAAAUGGUUCAACCCACCAUUUUCAACCCACCAGUGAAGAAUCAGGUCAGCCAAGUGGAGCAUGCAAUCUGGUUGUUGGUAUGCCAAAAAUGUCAGGUGAAACUCGCUUUAUCAUCCUUAAGACUGUCUUGUGGCACAUCUCUCUUUCUUUUUCUCACACACUGGCUUUCCUUGUCUUUUCUCAUAGUGCGUACAGAUCAAAUCAUUCACCAUCCUAGCUUAACAUCCUAGACUUUGCUUAUUCAAGUCUCUUGACCUGCCAGGCUUCCCUCUGUUCCCCCUCCGUUUUAUCUAUUUCACUCUGCCCGUCUCCCCCUCAGGCCAUGCGCUUUGGCAGCCUUCCCUCCGAUUGCUGCUCACCUGGCCCAGCUCUCUUCGUCUGUUCCCCUCUACCUCUUAGUCUGUCCUACUCUCUUCUCGUCCCGUCCACCUGUCUCCUCCUCAGGCCAUUCGCUUUGGCAGCCUUCCCCCAAUUGCUGUUCGCCUGACCCAGCUCGUGCGUGCUGCUGCGUUGGAUCGAGCAACAGUCGCUGCUCCUGCGGCUGCUGGUGCUACUCCUGUUCCUAAUGCUGCUGUUUCCAACCAUGCAAUUUCGAUUGCUACUGCCACUGCUGGUGCUACUCCUAUUCCAAAUGCUGCUGUUUCGAACCAUGCGAUUUCGGUUGCUACUGCCACCGCUGCAGAUCGUACCAUUUCCGCUGGAGCAGUAGCAGCAGGUGACAGAGCAGCUACAGUGCAUAAUUCGGCUAAUGCUUGCUGUUGUAACGGAGAUGCUACUAGAGGGGAUGGAGCGGCUGCUGUUAGGGGAACGGAGGGUGGGUGUGGGGUGAUGAGCGCAGAGAGGAACGGAGGUUGGGGGAAUGGUGAGCAGAGUAGGAGGGAGCCGAGUGAGAGGGAAGGAGGAGGGGGAGAUGGUGAGGGGAGUGGGAGGGGUCUGAGUGAAGAUGGUAGUGAGGGGCGAGGGGAGGGAGGAAGUGAGGAUGGAGAAGAACAAGGGAGGAGUGGGAAGGGUUGUCAGAAGAGGCGGAAGAAAGGAAAGCAUGAGGGGGUGCUGGGGGAUGCGGGGGAGAGAGAACAGGAGCGAGGUUUGCAAGAGGCGACAGGUUUUGAUGAGUUGAUUAAAGCUGAGUCCGAGCAGUUGCGGGCGGUUGAAGCUGAAGCGGACGCUGAGCAGUUACAGGUGCAGCCGCUGUCACGGCGUGUGCUGCAGCGAGAGCCAUUGUUCGAUCAGAUGAUCGCCAACUGGUACAGCGCACAUGAGGGCAUCAAGCCACACGUGGAUCUGAUGCGAUUCGACGAUGGCAUUGCCAUCCUCUCCCUGCUCUCGCCCUGCGUCAUGACUCUUGCUCCUGCCCCCACCACCACCACCACCGUCACCGCCAUCGCCACCACCACUACCAUGCCUCCUCCAUCUUCCCCCCUUGAGUCCCCUGUUGAACCACCCUCACCUAAUGCAGCAACGCCUUUCGAUGCAACUGUAACGUCCCUCUCUGCCAGGAACAGCAUAAGGGCAAAAAGGGGUGGGAAUACUUCGGUGUGUGACUCAUCAUCUCAAUCGCACCUGUCGCCACCUCCAGGGUUUUCAAUCUCGCUGCUUCUGGCUCCCGGGGAUCUGCUGCUCCUUUCGGGCCGUGCUAGGUAUGAUUGGACGCAUGGUAUUCUUAGAGAUGCAGCGCACCAGCAGUGGGAGGGGAAGCAGGUUCCUGGGCUAGAGAGAAUAUCUAUAACAUUGCGUAAGCUCCUUCCGCAAUAAAUUUUCUCUGUAACGAGUUUUUGUCAUUCUUAGAAAUGAAUAAACGGGUGAAGC